AUGAGUUCCCUGUUCCGCAGUGAGGAGAUGUGUUUACUGCAGCUCUACUUUCAAACUGAUUCAGCGCUCAGCUGCAUUAAUGAGCUUGGCCUUCUGGGACUUGUCGAGUUCAGAGAUCUAAACCCAGGGAUGAGUUCAUCUCAGAGGAGAUUUGUAAAUGAUGUGAGGAAGUGCGAGGAAAUUGAAAGAAUAAUAAAGUAUUUGGAAGGUGAAAUAUUGCGAUUUAAUAUUCGCAUCCCUUCCGGAUCACACACUGAGGAAACUCGGUGUAGCAGAGACACAUUGGAGCUCGAGUCUGAGGUAAAAGCGUUAGAACAGGAGCUGAAGGAGAUCAGCUUUAAUCACACAACGCUGAAGAGGAACCUGACCGAGCUGCUAGAGUCCAGCGCACUGCUCGGCGUCAUCCAUGAAGUCUUCCAGGAGUGUGACAUGCAGCCGUCCUGUACUGACCUUCAGUCUGACGGGCCACACAUCACUCAGCGCUUAAACAGCAUCAGCACCAUCACAGCUCCCAAACUUUGUUUUAUUGCCGGGGUGAUUAAACACGAUCGCUUCCCCGCCUUUGAGAAAGUCCUGUGGCGUCUUUUUCAUGAGAAUUUCCUGCUGCGCCAUGCUGAGCUUCAACAGCACCCAGAGGACGGCACGGUGCAGAAAGAUGCGUUCAUCAUCUGCAUGCAGGGCGAACAGGUGCAGGGAAAAAUCCGAAAAAUAUGCGAAGGGUUUAAUGUCAGUUUGUACCCGUGCCCGAACACGAUACAUGCUCAAGAGGAGAUGAAGUGUAACUUACGGACACGCAUCAAGGAACUGCAAAUGAUUUUGCGUCAGUGUGAAGAAUUCUCUGUCGCAGUUUUGAAUAAAGCAGCAAAAAGAGUUACAGACUGGUCCAUCCAGGUGCACAAGAUGAAAUCCAUCUACCACACACUCAACCUAUGCAACAUCGAUAUCACACACAGACUGACCAUCGCAGAGAUAUGGUGUCCGGUGUUAGAUCUCGGACACGUUCAACGUGCGCUCAACAAAGCUGCUGAACACGCAGGUUCCAGCGUCAGACCCGUGCUGAAUCGCAUACAGAGCCCUGAAACUCCGCCCACAUUUAAUAGGACGAAUCGUUUCACUGCAGGCUUUCAGCAGAUCGUGGAUACGUACGGUGUGAACAGUUAUCAGGAAAUUAAUCCAGCUCCAUAUACCGUAGUGACGUUCCCAUUUCUGUUCGCUGUGAUGUUCGGUGAUUGUGGUCACGGACUUGUCAUGUCUUUGAUCGCUGCCUGGAUCAUCAGAAAUGAACAGAAAUUAAAGCAACAGAAGAAUGAGAUCACGUCCAUGCUGGUGGGCGGCCGCUACAUCAUCCUGCUCAUGGGCCUUUUCUCUAUCUACACUGGACUCAUUUAUAAUGACUGCUUCUCCAAAUCAUUCAACAUGCUUGGCUCGUCAUGGAGUAUCAGAGCCAUGUUCUGGCCCAGGGGACCUUGGAGAAAUGAAACCCUGCACAAUUCGGAUCAUCUUCAGUUGGACCCUUCAGUACCAGGAGUUUACUCUGGAACUCCGUACAUGUUUGGCAUCGACCCAGUGUGGAAUAUUGCAUCAAAUAAACUCUCCUUCCUAAACUCCUAUAAAAUGAAGAUGGCACUUAUAAUUGGAGUUUGUCACAUGACCUUCGGUUUGACCCUGAGCAUAGUUAACUACAUACAUUUCAGAAAUCUCCAAAACGUGUUGCUGCGCUUUGUGCCAGAGCUCAUCUUCUUGCUGUCUCUGUUCGGUUAUCUCGUCUUUCUCAUCGUUUUCAAGUGGUGCAUGGGUGUACAGUGUGACAGUAGCAUUCUCCUCAUCUUCAUCAACAUGAUGUUUUUCAACCAUAAGGCUGAUGAGAAAUUCAUCUACAACGGACAGAACGCUGUCCAGAUGUUCCUGGUGGUCCAGGCUUUGUUAAUGGUCCCUAUAAUGCUGCUAAUAAAACCACUGCUCACUUACAGAAGUCAAGAAAUGAUCACUGACAAGGUCAGUCUGAGUGAUGUGUUUGUGUGCGAAGCAAUCCACACCAUAGAACACUGCCUCGGCUGCGUCUCCAAUACAGCGUCUUAUCUGCGGCUGUGGGCUCUCAGCCUCGCCCACUCAGAGUUAUCUGAGGUGUUAUGGCGGAUGCUGAUGCGCGUCGCUCUGCGCUCGGGUUCAUCACUGACGCUCACGCUGAUCUUCUGCUGCCUUGUGUUGUUAAGUGCAUCAGUCCUGAUAGUCAUGGAGGGGCUGUCUGCAUUUCUGCAUGCUUUACGUCUGCAUUGGGUUGAAUUUCAGAACAAGUUUUAUAAAGGAGACGGAUUUAAAUUCACACCCUUGUUCUUCAAGAAUAAAGAAACAGCCAUGGUGACGUAUUAAAUAUGAUUAUAACUAAAUGGUUUGACGUACAAUGAGAGAGUGUGUGUGCCCUGCGAUGGGUUGGCACUCCGUUCAGGGUGUAUCCUGCUUUGAUGCCCUAUUGACUUUAACUACAGUCACCUUGACGGCUGGGUGUAUAAAGAU